GAAAAAAAACAAACAAGUUCUUUGAAGAUAAUUUAGAAAUUAGAAAACAUCAAACAUAUAUAUAUAUUUUUAACCUAUAGAGAGCAAAGCGCAAAAGUUAUUUAAUAAAUUCAAGAAGAAGCGGAAUUGUCAAAGCAAUUAUUUUAAAACCAAGCCAAACAAUUAAAAAAGCAAUUUGAAAUUGCCAAUGCAUUUGGAUAAAACGCAAUUACGUUUUGCGCGCGCAGCUUGUUUGACUUGUGGUUUGUGUUUGCUGACGCUAGUUAAAUAUUAAUUACAUGACGUCAUAUGGUUUUUCCCUGAGUUUAUACUUCGGCGUGAGAGUUGUUGUGCCCUGACAUAUACUUUGAAAUAUCGCCACUUUUAGUCGAGAAAAAGCGAUGGAAAACAAGGUUAAUCUCCCAGAGACGAAUGGAACUACAGUUCACAAGCGACAAAAGACGAUUGAUGCAGUAAACGAGGAUUUAACGGCCGAGAAACGUCACGAUCAGUCCACAACUCAAAAUGUCGUUCCCUACAUGACUGUUGAUGAAGUUCCACCGCAGUUUAAGGAAAUGUUCAUCGUUUCUGGCUAUCGGAGACCAUACUCCUCGGCGAAAGAGUGUUUCUUGAGCAUACUUGACGUAAAAAGUAACGAAUGUUUAAACGUUUGGACACAUUUACUACCAUUAUUUUGUUUUAUCAUUCGUUUCGUUCGGGUGUUUGCUAGCAUGUCCUUCACAGAUCCGUAUAAUUAUCCUCUAUUCUGCUUUGCGCUCUGUAUCUGUGGCUUUUGUUCCAUGAGUUGUGGAGCUCAUAUGUUCAACUCGAUGUCUCCCAGGCUCAGACAUAUCUGUUUCUUCUUCGACUACGCGGCAAUAGCUGUCUACUGUUUUGGUGCCUCGCAAGUAUUUUUUUACUAUGGCAGACCAGCAUUUAGCGAUGUUCCUUUGUACAACAAUCACUGGCUGUUUCUCGGUUUGAGCGCGUUUAUAAGCCUGACAGCGAACUUCCUUUGCUGUGCUUCACGUCAUCGAUGGUUGAGCAUGAAAUACCUCAUCCGAACGACGCCUUUUGUAUUCGCGUUUCUGUACAUCGUCUCACCUGUAGUUUGGAGAACCUAUACCUGCGUGGAAGCCAUCGACUGCAAUUUGGAGUCAUUAAGCUACCACAAACGACACGCAAUGUUUUAUCUUUUCGCUGCGAUCAUCAACGUUGCAAGGCUUCCGGAACGGCUAACACCGGGAACUUUUGAUUGCGUUGGAAACAGCCAUCAUUUUCUGCAUUUGUUCACAGCGAUCGGCGCCUCAGACGAGUUCUCGGCCAUUUUCAGUGACAUGACAAAUCGACGCGAGGUUUUAAACGAUUGGGCAUCCCCAACGUUCCUCAACUCCGUCGGAAUUAUGCUGAUAUUUGCCGUUGUCAAUAUUGCAAUUGUUUUGUACUUUGCUAAACAACUAAAAUCAGACAAAGAAGAGGGAAACACCGGCUUGCCGGAGUAAGCAAUCGAGAAAAAACAAUAGAAAACUAGACGAAAAUAUAAAAUGCAGCUAAUAUUAUUGCGUAGUACGAUUAUUCUAAAAUAUGUAUUCUUCAGAACUUUGUGU